AUGGGCUUCUUCACUGGCUUUAUCAGUGGAUUCGCCCUCACUACUUCGGUCCUCUACAUUACUAUCCAAGUACAUCGCAGCAAUCGCCUAGAGCAACGCAGGUUGAUCCGCGAGCAAGUGGACCAAGUAACAUGGAUCGCUUCCUCCAUGGGUGCUUAUGACCGUCGCUUUUUGCCCCAGGAUGCUCCACUUUCACUUGAAGAUAGACUAGCGAAGCGAAGGGAACAAACAACUACGAAAGAAGUCUUGAAACAUCGUUGGAAUCAAGAGGUUGAGAAGUUGGCUCAUCAGGCCUCCGAGACCCGAUGGGAGGAUGUCCGAGCGACAGCCACGAAUGGCUGGAAUGCUACAUUGAAGGCUGUAAACAGGGACUAA